AUGUCGCGUAUCCGGCCGUCUUUGGGGGCUCGAGAGGACUUGCGACAGCCGCAGUUCCAUCCAGAGACCUCGUUCUCGUCUCUGCUCCCGUCCGCGCACAAGCCGCUCUUCGACAAGAUCCUCAUAGCGAACAGAGGAGAGAUCGCAUGUCGCGUCAUCCGCACCGCGAAGAAGCUUGGCGUCAGGACGGUAGCGGUGUACAGCGAAGUUGAUUCCGACGCACUCCACGUUCGACUGGCAGACGAAGCGUACUGCAUCGGACCCGCGCCGUCGGCGGAGAGCUAUCUCCGUAUAGACAAGAUCAUCGAAGUCUGUCGCCAAAGUGGGGCUCAAGCCGUCCAUCCAGGAUAUGGUUUCCUGAGCGAGAACGCGCAGUUCGCCGACCGUCUCGCGCGAGAGGGCAUCACCUUCAUCGGCCCACCCGCAAGCGCCAUCGUGAGCAUGGGUUCCAAGAGCGAGUCGAAGAACAUCAUGUCAGCCGCCGGUGUCCCUGUUGUACCUGGAUAUCAUGGCACGAACCAGGACCCCGAGUUCCUCCAGCAAGAAGCCUCCCGCAUAGGAUACCCUGUACUCAUCAAGGCCGUCCACGGCGGAGGCGGAAAGGGCAUGCGUGUCGUCCACUCCGAAAGCGAGUUCCGGGACGCGCUCGAGUCCGCACGACGCGAGGCGACGAAGUCGUUCGGGAACGCGGACGUGCUCGUCGAAAAGUACAUCCAGCGCCCGCGGCACGUCGAGGUACAGGUGUUCGCUGACAAGCUAGGGGGAUGCGUGAGUCUCUGGGAGCGAGACUGUUCGGUGCAGAGGCGGAACCAGAAGAUCAUCGAGGAGGCACCGGCACCUGGCUUGUCGUCGGAGCUGCGAGCAGAUCUGAGUGAGAAGGCGGUCGCCGCUGCCAAGGCCGUAGAUUACGUUGGGGCCGGGACGGUCGAGUUCAUCUUCGACAAUGACACUUCAAAGUUCUACUUCAUGGAAAUGAACACGCGUCUGCAGGUCGAGCACCCGGUCACAGAGAUGAUCACCGGCCUCGACCUCGUCGAGUGGCAGCUCGAAGUGGCCGCUGGCAACCCUCUACCCCUCUCCCAAUCCGCAAUUCCGCUCGUGGGACACGCCUUCGAGGCACGCAUCUAUGCCGAGAACCCGCGCAACAACUUCCUCCCUGACUCGGGCCAGCUCCUCUAUCUCUCAACGCCCGAACCCACGCACGUUUUCGCCCCCUCGCUCGAGGCGUACCGCAUUCCUGUGCCUGAAGGCAGCUCCGGCUUCACCCCAGUGCACAAUACAUCCGCGGCCAUCGCCCCAACCAUGCGCCUCGAGCAGGGCUUCGAGGAGGGGGCCCAGAUAGGUGUGUUUUAUGACCCAAUGAUCGCGAAGCUCGUUGUGCAUGGGCAGGAUCGAACGGAGGCGCUGCGGAAGCUGAGGACGGCGCUGGAAGAGUACAAGGUGGUCGGGCCGUCCACGAAUAUUGAGUUCUUGAGGACGCUCGCAGGGAAUCAGGCAUUUAUCGAUGCUGAGGUCGAAACUGGCUUCAUUCCGAAACACUUCAACGAGCUGUUCCCGCCUGUGCCAGAGCCAUCCCAUGAAGCACUCGCCCAGGCCGCCCUUUUCGUCGUCCUUCGCGAUCAUCCCGCGCCGUCGACUCCCUCGCCCUGGACUACGCUCACCUCCCGUCGCUUCGCCGGCGACGUCUAUGAGCGCACCAUCACGCUCCAAUCCGAGGAGGCGUCUGCCUCGCCAUCGACAGUUCACAUUCGCGCGUUGUCCAACGGCCGGUUCGACGUGACGACGCACACGGCGUCAGGCUCACACACGUUCACGAACGUCAGCGCGCACCUCGCCUCCCCUACCGCCGUCACGGCCUCUCUGGACGGCGCGCUCGUCCGCACGACAGUCGUUUCGCAGCGCCCGCCUGCCAACGUACCCGCGUCGAGCGGCCCGAGCACGAUGGAACGGCUGCACGUCUUCCACGGGGGGAGGAAGACGACGGUCGUCCUGCCCUCGCCCGAGUGGCUCCUCUCGCUCGGCGGAGACGUGCUGGGCGCAGCGAAGGGCGCGCUGCGGGCCCCGAUGCCGAGCGUGGUCGUCGAGGUGAGGGUGAAGGUGGGUGACAGGGUCGAGGCGGGGCAAGCGGUCGUCGUGCUGGAGAGUAUGAAGACGGAGACGGUGCUGAGAGCGCCUACGGGUGGCGUCGUGAAGGCUGUUGGGUGCCAGAAAGGGGAGAUGGUCGAGGAGGGAAGGGAGUUGGUGGACGUCGAACCUGAGGAGGGCGAUGCUUGA